AUGCAGACCUCAGUGCAGACCCCAGUGCAGACCUCAGUGCAGACCCCAGUGCAGACCUCAGUGCAGACCCCAGUGCAGACCUCAGUGCAGACCCCAGAGCAGACCUCAGUGCAGACCUCAGUGCAGACCUCAGUGCAGACCCCAGUGCAGACCUCAGUGCAGACCCCAGUGCAGACCUCAGUGCAGACCCCAGAGCAGACCUCAAUGCAGACACUGAGUCUUGUGUCUGUCCCCGGCUCCUGCUGCUUGGAGACAUUCCUGCCCCCGUCUCCACUGUGCUUCUCUGGGGACAGCUGCCCCCCUCAGAGCAACUGGAUCCCCCCCAAACCCACCGCCCACCAACCCAUACGCGCUCACGUCUUACACAGAGCCAAGGCCUGUGUGGCAAUUUUGUUUUGGGUGAAUUUUUCUUCGAUCCUGAGAUUUUUGGAACUGAUCCCAGGCGCAGAGUCCGAGCUUCCCCAUUUGCUGAACGUGGGCUCCCGUCUCGUUGCUCUGGGGGUCCUGCAGGUCACGGUGGACUUUCUGGGCCGCUGCGAGGCUUUGAGCGUGUGCAAGAGCGCGAUGCUGUUGCUGUUCGUCGCUAUGACAACAAUCUUCCUGGCAACAGUCGCAGGAGCGGUCACCAUGUUGACGUGCGGACCACUGAUGGACAGCCUGUCGGUCAAGUUUGGGAAAGUAGCCGUUGGGGAGAUUCAGACGAACUAUGGGAACGACGCUGAUGUCACACGACUGUGGGACGACGCCAUGAGCUCGUUCAGAUGCUGUGGAUUUAAUGACUACAAAGAUUUCACCAACUCCUCUUACCAAAAGGACAACGGAUACCCACCGGAGUGCUGUGAGAACGCUGAUGCCCCAUGUAGCUCCGCAGAACCGACCGUGCCUGGCUGUUUCACAAAGAUCAGAGCAGUGAUGAUGAACCGCGUGGAUAUUAUUGAGGUUUACACGGCAGUCGUCAUUUUGGAGCUGGCAGCUAUGGCUUUAUUCUUGAGCUAA